AUGAUGAUUCUUGUUUUACUGAUACUUUCGGUGGCUCAAUUAUCUUCAGGCCAAGGCGGCUUUCCGGAUGGGCCAGGGCUAGGCGGGUUCCCGAAUGGACCGGGGCAGGGCGGCUUCCCUAAUGGACCAGGUCACGGAUUUCCUAAUGGUCCAGUUGGUGGAGGUGUAGGUGCAGGUGGUUUCGGUCCAAACGGAGGAGAAUCGUUUGAGGCUCACGAACGUGUAACUGGCCGAAACAAUGACCUGCGGUGGCCAGCCGAUGAGUCAAGUCAGUGUUUUUAUCCUCCCAGACGGGUAUGGUAUCAAUUUAUCGAUCCCCGAGGGAUGAAAGGCUUAGUGAGCACCGGGGCGGCUUCGAACCUCUGUGAUCGAUCAUGCAAAGACAGAGGAAUCCCUUACUAA